GUCCCCUGCUCCCGACUUCAAUGCCAAUGCGACGGAACCGGAUAUUGACCGGAGCAGGAUAUGUCGGGGGCAGCAGCCUGUGUGUGCAGUAAGACCGGCGGCAACAGCGGGAGGAAGAAGCCUCGGUUUAGCGAAGAAACCGGCAGCACAGUGGAUUUAGGGGGCCGCCCUGACGAGAUAAAAGUUCCUGAUCACUUCAUCGGCUUUCACUUGUUGCCCCUCACCCGUUGUUCUCCAAAUGUCGGAUUUUAAGCUUGGGAUUGUUCGUCUGGGCCGUGUGGCCGGGAAGACGAAAUACACUCUAAUAGAUGAACAGGACAUACCCUUGGUGGAAAACUAUGCCUUUGAGGCACGUAUGGAGGUAGACUCCGAUGGUAAUGGAGCAAAGAUUUUCGCCUAUGCCUUCAAUGUCGGCAAAGGACGCUGGGCCGGCCGACAUCUGCACGAGUUGCUGUGGGAGAAGCACAGAGGCGGCAUUGCUCCCAGUUUUCAAGUGGUCCACAUAAACUCUGUCACUGUCGACAACCGGCUGGACAACCUGCGUCUUGUUCCAGUGGGCUGGAGCCCCAAAUCUGAAGAGCUUUCCAGCAAGCAAAGGGAGCAGUCUCUGUAUUGGCUGGCCAUCCAGCAGGUACCAGCUGACCCCGUGGAGGAGCAGUACAUGGAGCUGAGCCGCACACGCUACUACAAUGCCAACGGGGAGCUGGUGGAGGAGGAGGAGUGCUCCUGUACCUACUACGAGUGCCACUACCCACCAUGCUCGCUCAUUGAGAGACGACUCAGAGAGUUCAACAUCUGUGGCCGAUGCCAGGUGGCACGUUACUGUGGGUCCCAGUGCCAGCAGAGGGACUGGCCAGCCCAUAAAAAGCAGUGCCGCGAGCGAAAGAGAGCCCUGGAGCUGGAGCCGGAGCCGGAUCGAUGAUCUUUGGUCCGGGCCAGGCUGCGGGUGGCAGGACAGAUAGGAGAGAAGACUUUAAAGUUCAAAGCAAGUGGAAGGCAAAAUCACACCUCCCAGAACAAUCCUCUCAGUGUCUGCUGUAAAAACGUCUGACCUGUGGCAUUAUGGGAAAUGUAGUAUUUAUAUGUGUAAAAGGGGGGAGACUCCAUCUCUGCUCUACUAAUACUCAGACAUCCAUCUGAAGAUUUUUGUGUAUGGUGUGAGGGUGCACAAGGGCUGAAACGUCACAUCGGUGGACAAGAUUUAAGAUGACGGCCAGCAAGCAUCCCUUUCUCUUGCCUUCACCCUCCUAUUCAGUAACAUGAUCUGGAAUCCAUGACUUGGACUCAGUCCCCUCCAAAAAAUGUUUGCAUGUCUGGCACGAAUGUUACAGGUCUUGCAGUUACUGUACUGUACCCCCCCCCCUCACCAGGGUGGACCACUGCUGCACACUACUCAUGACUGAAGGAGUGGGGGGGGAGGCUCAAGGUCAGCAGGUGCUCUGAAUGUACUACAGGGCCUCCCUGCUAUAGGUUAUUUUUUCUGAGCUAAAUGGCAGAAUCUACAUGUGUUGGACUUCCUCUGUAUUUCCAUUCAAAAAUGGUAACGUAACCCAAGUCAUUGCAACAGUCAUUCACUAACACUACACAUUACUGUUCAUAUUGUAUAUGUAUUACUUUGUACACACUUGUUUGUUCUGGGUGGCUGCGUAUAUCCAGAAACGAGUAGUUGUCACUUUUACACAAGCCUGCAGGUUCUGCGAAUGGAAUGGAAAUUUAAUGGCAUUGUUUACUGCGACAGCAGCUGCCCUUCUCUGACAGGUGUACGUGCACUAAGUUGUGCAGACACAUCAGCGAAUGCAGCAUCUCGGUCCAAGCACACUCCAGCAUACUGACAGGGAUGGUAAUUGUUUUUAGAAUUAUAAUUAUUUAUCUGGGUGGGUUCAAUGCUGUGCACUGAUUUUGACUUGCCUAUCCAAACUUUUGUCUCUUCUCUGUUGGAGGGAGCAAGAAUGAUUUUGGAGGGUUGGGUAAGGUGGUUUUUUAUUGUUAAAUGGAAAAAUGAAUUCAUAUGUAGUAUAAAUUACUUGCCAGAACAAAAUAAAUGAUGGAAAAAAAUGACAAAAAUAAAAGCGAAUAAAAUA